GAGAGAGAGAGAGAUGGGUUCAAUAGAAGAAGAGACAUUAUUGCUAAGAGGCCAACAACAAGUAUGGCAGCUCAUGUUCGGCUUUGCAGACUCUAUGGCUCUCAAAUGUGCCAUACAACUCCGAAUACCUGACAUAAUAUACUCACACGGUGCUCCAAUCUCCUUAUCCCAAAUUGCUUCAGGAAUUGAUUCGCCUAGCCCUGACAUGGGGUAUCUUGAUCGGAUAAUGAGAUAUUUAGUUCGAAAAAACAUUUUCAGUUCUCAUCAAUCAUCAGACGGUGGAGAGACACUCUUUGGCUUGACUGACACAUCAAGAUGGUUACUACAUGACUCUGAUCUCAGCCUCAAUUCAAUGGUAAUUAUGCAAAACCAUCCAUGGCUACUAGCACCAUGGCACUGCUUUGCUCAAUGUGUUAAAGACGGUGGAAUUGCUUUCAAGAAGGCUCAUGGUUGUGAAGUUUGGGAUUUUGCUUCUCAGAAUCCAGAAUUCAACAAUCUGUCCAACGAUGCCAUGGCAUGCACUAACAAAGCUAUCAUGAAAGCUUUCUUUUUGGGAUAUAAAGAUGGGUUAAGCAGUAGUACUGUGCAGACAUUAGUCGAUGUGGGAGGAGGGACUGGAGCUGUAUUAGCUGAGAUUGUGAAAGUUUAUCCUCAUAUCAAAGGCAUAAACUUCGAUCUGCCUCUUGUUGUUGCCACAGCACCUGAGUAUGUUGGGAUUUCACAUGUUGGUGGUGACAUGUUUGAAGCCAUACCUAAUGCUGAUGAAGUGUUUAUGAAGUGGGUGUUGCACGAUUGGAGAGAUGAAGACUGUGUGAAGAUACUGAGAAAUUGUCGAAAAGUGAUACCGGAGAAGACUGGAAAGCUUGUUUUGGUAGAAGUUGUGGUUGAUGAAGAUGAGAAUGAGAAUGAGAGUUUUGGGAAUACUGGUUUUGUGUUUGAUCUGUUGAUGAUUGCGCAUGCUUCGGGUGGUAAGGAGAGGACAGAGCUUGAAUGGAAGAAAUUAUUGAAGGAAGGAGGUUUUCCAAGAUACAAAAUUAUCAAAAUCCCAGCUAUAACCUCCAUUAUUGAGGCCUAUCCAGAGUGAUUAUAAAUUAUUCUCUUCUUUUUUUAUUGAUAAAAUAUUUUGCUAAUGUAUGUAUUUUGCUCUUUCAUUCUGUAAUUAAUAUACCAAAUUAAAUAAUCAUAACCCCACCUGCAU